CUCAUUCCUGUGGGGAAGUUCUUCUCAUUGGCUACACUGUAUUUUCGCGACCAUCAGUUUCAGGCCAUCAAACCAGCAUCCGUAGAGCUUUCGGAAUUUUCUGUACAACUGUCAUAAAACGAAGUGAUUAUUGCUUAAAGACUAACGAAAGUAGUUGUUAUCGAAUUUAUUACGUGUAUUUUAGGAAGGAAGUUUUCAAUACUUUUGAUUUCAGCAAGUUUACAGAACGAAAGGAAAACAAUGUGUAUUAAUAGUUUCGGUAUUACUUUAUGCUUGUUUCAAGAUAAGAUGGAUAAGUAAUCGAGGAGAAACAUUUAACGGGUUUCAAAUAGGUUGAAACAAAGUUGACACGAUAAGCAAGGAACAUAUUGCAUGGCGCCUAUGUUCUUGGCGGUGGGGAAAGUUGCGGUGGGAAACUGUAACCGCAUUGUCACGCUAAAGGUUUCAAUGAAAAGUGACCCGCGGCGGGUAUUUCGAGUAGCCAGUUCGUCGCAUGAGCAGGAGUCUAUCGUUCCCUCUCAUUCUAGUUCGCAGUAUCGGCUCGACCAGCAGCCGUACAAGUGCUGUAGAGAUGCAUGUGAAACCUGAAGAUGACAAGACGGCAAUAAAUUGUUCGUUAGCCACUAACAUUCGUGUGUAUAUCAAAUGAUGAGUUGGCAUUCGAACAGCAGCCAGUAGCAUAUAUUCUUUCAAGUUUACACCUAUAAAAUUGUGAGGAAAGGAAAUAUUCCAGUGCUAAAUUGACAGCUGCAUUUGUUUCUCUUGUGUAUUGGAAUUAUAUAAGCCGGAUCCACUAGGUAACAGUACCUUGAAGGAAACUUAGUGAAACACUGCAAGCAAUUUAAAGUGAUUUGUCAUUGUACAACAUGAGUGUCUGCAAUUUUCAACAGGCAGUUGAGUGGCUUUUGAGAUUUUGUGCGUGAGACGAUGUUAAUUAAUCCAGGUCCUCUGCUAUGCAGACUUGGGGGAAGGCCUCCCACGUUGACACAUCGGCAACCCUGACAGCAACUUGUUAUCUACAUCGGUAGGAUGGAAUGUAUGUAAUGCUUUAAUUACUCUAUAAACAUCUAUCUUUCAACCGUGAGAAGCUGGACUUGGAUAUUGAAUUAAGUGCAUAUGCUUUUAUGACAGCGAAUUUAGAAGACUUCUCAAAUGGUUCUUGUUCAUACUAUCGUUCUCCAUUAUGUUCAAAUAAUUGCCAAGUGUGGGCAGUAAUACAUACAGCGAGAUUUUAACGUCUGUUAACCACCUGCAUAUUAAGAGUGUAACAUUACAGUUAAAUUGUGCUCUGUACUGUGUCUCGCAUGUCAUACAGACGCAUCGUUUCUUAAAAAAAAUAACAAUUUUAACACUAGAAAGGAACCUGCUUGUUUUGACAGGUUGAUACUCUACAGACAUCAAAAUAUUUUCUUCCUGUGGUAUUUAUAAUUCAGGUGAAAUGUCAGAAGCGAGAGAUAAAUGCAGAAGGGAGGUUCCUUCGAAAUCAGAUUUUCAUUGGGACUAAAAUAAUUAAAAUUGUGUAAGAUUGAAAACCGGAGGGAAUGGGGCCACAGAUAGCAUAUUUUGUAAUUUGUAUUAAAAUUUAUUUAAAUUUGAAUCUUUUAUUCUAAACCACCUUCAACUGAUCAACAUAUGUUUAGUAAUGAAAUUAAAAAACCGUUUCAUCUAAUUUUGUGAUUAUGUGUGUGUCUAACGGGAAAGAAAGACAAAGAAUGAUUUAUUUUUCAUGUUUCUUAAAUGUAAUAUCCGCAUCACGUGACCAGUCUAACAACGUGACUCUGUAAGUAAUUAAAACCGAUUUAGUGGUGUAAUCAUAACUACAUUACUGUUCAGAGCCACGAGUCAAGAGUGUUAGAAUAGAUAGUAUAAAAGGUGUCGUAACGAGCCUCACAACGGGCGCCACAAAUCUGUCACAGCCACCGUCGCAUUUGGAUCAACACAGCCCGCUGGCCGCCUGCAAAGUUGAUCAUCAAAAGCUAGACGGCAGCAGUAAAGAAGUGCGGGGUUUCACCAACAUGCGCCUAGGCGGAGGAACUGUACAGAAUACUGCAGCAUCAUCCUCCCCUAGACACAGUCUUUCCCAUCAUAACAUCCAUCAGAUCGAGGAAGACGAAGAUACAAAGGCAGUGAUGCCUGGAGACGCGACCAGUGCCUUAUCGGCGCCCUGGGAACACUUAUUGAGUAGCACCAUAUCACCGGCAGCUGCUGUGGCAGUUAAGAUGGCCAUCAGCGAAGAUGAACCGGAGGACCAACAGCAGCCUUCAUCCUCUUCCAGGAGAAGAGUUGGUUCCGCUACCGAGAACGGGGGUCUGCUAGGCACCAUCCAUAGACACCUACCGGCACUCUCAAGGCUUUCACUGGGAGCAGCGGCAGCAGCAGCGAAGACAAAAGGCGACCAAGGAGCGCCACUGUUCAGGUACCGGCAAGCCAGAUUCAGCUCGAGGCGAGUAAGAAAGAGAGUUGUUUUCAAGAACGGCGAUUGCAACGUCAUACAAGGGAACGUGGCCAAGAGAAGACGGCGUUACUUACAAGACAUCUUCACAACACUCGUAGACGCACAGUGGAGAUGGACUCUCCUUGUGUUCGCCCUCAACUUCCUACUCUCCUGGCUCGGCUUCGCCAUUAUUUGGUGGCUAAUCGUGUAUUCGCAUGGGGACCUUAGUCCAGAAAGUAACCCCAGAGUGGCCGCGGCACUUGCUGCUUCUACGGCCAACAGCAACGCGACAAUGUCAUCACCAGGACGCACUGUUUCUGAAGAGAAAGAAUGGACACCAUGUGUGAAGGACAUUUCGGGGUUUGCAUCCUGCUUUCUCUUUAGCGUCGAAACUCAGCACACAAUAGGAUAUGGGUCGAGGCACACGACUGAGGAGUGCCCGGAAGCCAUCUUCGUGAUGUGUCUGCAGAGUAUAGUGGGAGUGAUGAUACAGGCCUUCAUGGUGGGGAUUGUAUUCGCCAAGUUGUCACGUCCCAAAAAACGCACACAGACACUGCUAUUCAGUCGCAAUGCUGUCAUAUGUCAACGAGACGGCUAUCUUUGUCUCAUGUUCCGGGUGGGAGACAUGCGCAAGUCUCACAUCGUCGAGGCUCAUGUCAGAGCCCAGCUUAUCAAGAGGAAGGUGACGCAAGAGGGAGAGCUGCUUCCAUAUUACCAGCACGAACUCACAGUGGGCGGGGACGGCGAAGAGGACAAGAUCUUCUUCAUCUGGCCCACUACGAUAGUACAUAAAAUCGACCCCUCCUCGCCGCUCUACGUUCUGUCUGCCGCCGAAAUGAUACGCGAGCGGUUUGAAAUUGUCGUCAUUCUCGAAGGCGUGAUCGAAUCCACCGGGAUGACGACACAGGCGAGAUCGUCUUACCUGCCCAGUGAAGUUUUGUGGGGUCACCGUUUCGAGCCUCUAGUAUCGUUUAAGAAGGACACGGGAGAAUAUGAGGUGGAUUAUAGCCUCUUCAACAACACGUACGAAGUGGACACACCGCUGUGCAGCGCCAAAGCUCUGGAUGACCUCAAGAUCGCGCAACAGCAGCAGCAACGGCACAGGAACAACGAACAUCAACAGAGGCUAGAGCGGCUGAUGUCUCCCACAAUGUACCCGGCGUUACAUGCACCACCUUCAGACACGCUGGAUCUAGGCAGCACGGAUUCGAACAGCGCAUCCAUAGAAGAGCCUUCAGUGGUGACCGUAACUUCGCCAAUAGAUGUGCCAGGCCCUGAGUCUACCAUCUAGCGCCCAGGUAGAGAGAGAGAGAGAUGUUGGUCUUGACAGGCAGUGAAGCAGAAGAAGAAUAUAAAUCCGUCCAUUGAACAGACACAACCAAUGUAACUAUAAGUAGUUGCUAUCAUGCUCAGUAACAUAAUGUGAAUAAGUGUGCUUCUGGUAUUGUGUUCUCCGUGGUGGUCGAGGCAAAUCCAGCACAGUAACGGUGCAUCUGCUAUUACUCGUAUGUGACCACAAGCGUAACACGUUGCAACAGACUGAUACAUUUCUGUUGGGCUCGUCUAACUCCUGAGACACUUGGAAAACAGUAAGAGUUGAUAUCUGCGCGUGUCAUUUUGGCUACAACGCUUUAUCACGUUGGUAUCAAAAUGACCCAGACUGUUCAUAUAUUUGAUUACAUAAAGGCUAUUUAUGGACGAUUUGAAAGAAACGAUAGACAACUAAUAGUGUUGCACUUUGCAUUAUGCUUCCUGAAUAGAGAAAUAAAAUUUCCCAACUAAAGAUAAUUACUAUGAAUUUUCGUACGGUGACAAGUUAUCUGUGUGCAAUUGUAGAACAAGAUAUGAUUUUGUGAAUAUCGUCUUAGUAUGUUCUAAGAAGUUUCAACAUCCUUACUUUGAAAAGACUGGAUUUGUAUUCGAAAUAACUAUCCAUUGAUCUGCUAGACUCAACUUAUACGUGAGAUAUUUGGAAAUCAGUGUGAAUGUGUUCAUAUAUGUUUAUUUAAGACUUACUUUUCACGUCAGUGUUUCUAGAAUAUUUCACUUUUGCUCAAGAAUUACUUAUGGAUUCCACUUAACCAUUGUUAUGACAAAUUCAUAUACGAUAUCACAUUGGUACAUCUGAAGUUGAAGAGGUUAUAUUUCAACAGGAAGUCGCAUGGAAGUCAGUGCACAUAGAUGGAUAGUACAGCCUGUCGCAGCUUCUUUCCUACAAAUAUUUUUAAGCGUACGACUGUCAACACUGCUUGAAAUAAAUACCCAUCAUCACA